GCUGUGCUUUUUCCCGUGGGGCUCUGGGGCGCGCGGCAGAUUUGUCGUUCAUGGCGGCUUCUUGCUCCCUAGGUUGCUCCUCUGCUUCUUGUGUCUGUAGCCGCCGGGGCACGCGGGGCGACCCCUCGCUGAUGGAGAAGCGGCUCUCGGAAGAUUCGCGCCGCCACCGGCUGCUGCAGAAGUGGGCGAGCAUGUGGAGCGCGGAAGCGGCGGAGGCGGAGCCCGAGCCGUGCGUGGAGAAGGCGGCGGCGGCAGCGGCCGGGGAGAACCCGCUCGUGUUCCUGUGCUCGCGCUGUCGCCGGCCGCUGGGCGACUCGCUCACCUGGGUGACCAGCCAGGAGGACAGCAACUGCAUCCUCUUGCGCUGUGUUUCCUCCAAUGUGUCUGUGGAUAAAGAACUGAAACUGUCCAAGUGUGAAGGCGAAGAAGGCUGCAUUCUUGAGACGCUGUAUUGUACAGGCUGCUCCCUGCACCUUGGCUAUGUGUACAGAUGCACUCCCAAGAACCUGGACUACAAGAGGGACUUGUUCUGCCUCAGCGUCGAAGCCAUUGAAAGUUACACUUUAGGGUCCUCCGAAAAGCAAAUCGUGUCGGAAGACAAGGAGCUUCUCAAUCUGGAAAGCAGAGUUGAAAUAGAGAAGUCUGUAAAGCAGAUGGAAGACGUCCUGAAGGCCUUGCUGACGAAGCUGUGGGAGAUUGAGUCAAAACUGUCCUCCGCUGGCUGCUGCCGCUGAGCUGCCCUUCCCGACCCGCCCCCCCCUGUUCCUAAUGGUGGUCAGACUCCUUCUGGGUACUUUAGGGGAGAAGUACCUGUUCUCCCUAUGUGACUCUUAAAGCCAGUUUAUGAUACAUACAUGUUGGAACGAGAUUUUGUGAGUUUUUAUUUUAUUAAAAAACGGGGUGAUUUUUUUCUGUCUUUUUUUUUUGUUAAAUUCAUUGUAUGUGUGCAUUUUUCUUUUUUUUAAAAACUUUGUCACUUAAUACUUUGGAUAUUAAAGAGUGAGUAGUAAGAAAAUCUUGUUUUUCUCAUCUGCUUUGUCUUUGAAGGUUAGUGCUUAAGUCUCUGGAAAAACUGGUCAGUCCACUUGCUAGAGUGACUUGGAAAUUUGUGCAAGAAUAAACUACCAUCUAUCUCAUCCUGCUGUGGGAUCUUCAUGCUUAAAAUGCCAUCUGUAUGCAGUGAGAUCCCAUCUUGCUGUUCACUAGAUCAUGCUUAAAAAUGACAGCUGUGUGCAGUGACAUCCAUCCUGCUGUUCACUAGAUCAUGCUUAAAAAUGACAGCUGUGUGCAGUGACAUCCCAUCCUGCUGUGGGAUCUUCAUGCUUAAAGAUACUUACCAAAGAGUGUGUAACUUCUGGGGUAAGAUUUUAGUGUAAUAUAUUAGAUUUCGAUUUUCUAUAAUGUAAAACUUUUCUAAUGAGCAUGUAUUAUUUUUAUAAUAAGGAAGAGAAUAAAGAUUUUUAAAAUGC